AAAACUGAAGAACAAUUAAAGCUACAGUUUACUUUGGAAGAAACCCGACUUCAGUUUCAAGAGACUAAAGAAUUGCUCAUGAGGGAACAAGAGAAAGCAAAGGAGAUUGAAGACAUGGAGCAUGCCAAAACUGAAGAAAAUGUGAGACUGCGGGCUGCUUUGGAAGAAAUGCGACUUCAGUUUCAAGAGACUAAAGAAUUACUCAUGAAAGAAUGUGAGAAAGGAAAAGAUAGCACUGCAGGGGCAUUUGUUGUACAAGAGGCUCACGUCAUUGAUCUUGAAAUGGUCAAUAAGCUCGUCACUGAAAAUGAGAUACUUAAAGCUUCAAAAGAAGCCAAAAACAAGGAAAGUGCCAGACUACAGCCUGCUCUGGAAGAAAUGAACCUUCAGCUCCAAGAGACUAGAGCUUUGCUCACGAUUGAACAUGAGACUGCAAACAGGACUACCAAGAACAAGUGUUUGGUACAAGAUCUCUACGUUAUUAAUCAAGAAAAAGUCAAUGAAUUUACUGCUGCAGAGAGGCCUGUGGCGCCCGAAAAAGUCAAUGAAAGGAUUGCUGACCAUGUGUACACUGCGCAUGAGACACAGAAGAUUUCUAUGGAGCAGGUGCCUGCUGCACAAGACAUCAAGUUCAUUGAUCAUGAAAUUGUCAAUAAGCUUACGGCUGAAAAUAUGCAACUUAAGAAACAGAGAAGAAAUACAAGGAAACAACCAAACUUAGUGAGGAGCGGUUGAAGCAAGCCAUGGAUGCAGAGUCCAAAAUGAUCGAGUUAAAGACGGACAUGCAAAGGAUCAAGGAGAAAUUAUCUGAUUUAGAAACUGAGGACCAUAUUCAUCGAAAACAGACAUUAUUGAAUUCACAAUCUAAAAGAAUGUCAGGACGUUUUACUCUAGGCAAUCAGCCUUCAGAGAAUGGCCAUCAGGUAAGUAAAAGGCAUGUAACUUCCUCCUGUGCUUUGUGCCACGGUUUGGGUAGUAGAUGCACUAUGUCGCGGCUCAUUAAUGUGUACUCGUAGUUUAUGCUGGACCCACAAGCAGCAAAAGCGUUAAAACCACUUGGCACAUUAUCAUUGAGAAGAUCCCAAAUUGAUAGACAACGAGAGAGUGUGGAUAUUCUUUUCAAAUGUAUUAAAGAAGAUCUCGGUUU